AUGUCCGCGUUCAACGAGCUCCUAGACCGAAAGCGCCCGGCCGCCUUUGCGGCGCUGAGCCGGGUCUUCGUGCAGACCAGCUACGAGGAGCGCUUGAAGCUGCUGAGGUUCUCCAAGGACCUGUUCGCUUUGACCGAAGGCCCGGAGGCGGAAAAGGCCUCGAUGCAGUUCAUGUCCCAGGCAUGUGCAGACGAGCUGGAGCUGCUGUCGGCGCAGGCGGGGUUGGAGGAGAAGGCCAGCGCGAAGAACUGGGGCCGCGGCCGGGAGGUGAGGUUUCUGGGCCUGCCGCUGGUGACGAGCCUCCUCAAGCUCAUCGAGCUAGAGGAGGUGAAGGAGGCCGACGAGCUGCGCGCGAAGAUGCGGAUGGUGGACAAGCGGUACUGGCGCAUCAAGAUCCGGGGCCUGGCGAGUUGCGGGAACUUCGACGAGCUGAACGCCUUCGCCAUCUUGGCCUCGCCCAUUGGUUACGAGCCCUUCGUCGAGGCCUUCCUGAAGGCCGGGCGAAACGACUUCGCGCUGGCCUUGGUGCCUAAGGUGAAGAGCGGGGAGCAGCAGGCGCUCUACUACCAGCAGAUGAACCUCCACGAGGAGGCCCAGCGGGCGCGCCAGGGCCAGGACAGGGGCGCGGGGCGGCUGCUGAACUUCUUCGCCGGGCGCUGA